CAUUCUCGCGAGAUGUUGGCGGUAGCUGGCUGCCAGCAGGCAAGGGGAUACUCAGCAUUUAGGGAUGUUUACACAGCGAUCUGCGGACUGUGGUAAAAAAAGCGAGACUGUUGGGCGCUCUUAAGUUUGAAAUUUGAGUAGCUAUCUGGUUCCUUGGGUCCCUAGCAACCAGACAGUGGUUUUGAAUGAGAAGCUGGAAUAUGGACAGGAGAGCACCUAAAUAGAAAGAUUAGUAAGAUGAUAUGAAAUGUUCCUGAUUUUCAUGGUUAGUUGGAUGGCCCCUUUCGAAACAUGGCAUUUGAACUCUGCCAUACUAUUUCUGUGGCCAGGCUGGAAAAACACAAGAAUCUUUUCUUAAAUUAUCGGAAUCUCAACCAUUUCCCUCUGGAACUGCUAAAAGAUGAGGGGCUGCAAUAUCUGGAGAGGCUUUACAUGAAGCGAAACUCUUUAACGACCUUGCCUGAAAAUCUUGCCCAGAAGCUUCCAAACCUUGUUGAACUGUAUCUUCACUCAAAUAACAUUGUAUUUGUCCCAGAAGCCAUUGGCUCCCUGGUAAAGCUGCAGUCUUUAGACCUAAGUAACAAUGCUCUGGAAAUCCUGUGCCCGGACAUUGGGAGACUUAAAUCACUGCGACAUUUACGCCUGACCAACAACCGGCUGAAAUUCCUACCGCCAGAAAUUGGAAAGCUAAAGGAACUGCAAACCUUGGAUUUAUCAACAAACCACUUGGUGAGUUUGCCAGAGAAGUUAUACCAGUGUCAGUCUCUGCAGUACCUGACGGUAGAUCGAAACCUGCUAUGCAGUAUUCCACGGCAGCUCUGUCAGCUAGCUAGCCUCAAUGAGCUCUCCAUGGCAGGAAACCGCCUAGCAUCUCUACCAUUAGAUCUGGGAAGAUCUCGGGAGCUGCAGUAUGUGUAUGUGGACAAUAAUGUUCAGCUAAAAGGCCUUCCCUCCUACCUGUACAAUAAAGUGAUUGGCUGCAGCGGCUGUGGAUCACCAGUGCCUCUUACAGAGAACAAGCUGCUAUCUUUUACCUCUGGGCAGCUUAGCAUCCAUGUCCCUGCUGAGGUAAAGUCUAUUGGUUCUGCAACGGAUUUUGUGCUUCCCCUCCAGGAGCUUGCACUGCGUUCCCUCCAUGCUAUCUUCUGCUCAUUUCUACAAGAUUUAAGUUGCACAACUCCUAUCUCGCUACCCAAAAGUCUACUGGAACUACUGCAGUGCCCUCUUGGACACUGCCAUCGAUGCAGUCAAUCCAUGUUUACCAUUGUCUAUCCAAAGCUCUUUCCGCUGAGAGAGACGCCUAUGGCUGGACUUCACCAGGGGAGGACUGCUGUUAGCUUUGUGGCUUAUUGCUGCUCAACCCAGUGUCUGCAGACGUUUGACUUGCUAAGUUGAUGUGUAUUUUGGUUGCUACCAUUGGUUCAUCUUCCAGUUUCUAACGGGCUCCUCUUUCCCAUGCCUUGAAGUGGUCUGCUAUCUAGAAGAUCCACCUCUGAUACUUCCUGACUUUGUGGAAUUCGAGGACUUCUGUUGUAUUAUGGGAGACUUUUAUUAUUUCCGACAUGGGCAUCUCUGAGUUACAUUUCCCUUUCCUUCCCAGUGGGUUAUCCAAUAAAGUCUAUUUCUCCCUCUGUGUGUUUCUAGAUUAAUCAAGAAAGCCACAGGGAGGUGAAAAAUCAAUCAA